AUGUCCAACAAGGCAAGUGACCAAUCAGCACGCACGGCUUCCAUCCUCAAGACUGAUAUUACCAGAGAAAACACAAUCACCAGAAGCAGCAGCAGCAACAACGACAACUACCAUCACCACAAUAACAUCAAUAAUUACAAUGAAUCGGCGAAGACAGGAGAGGACGCCAAUAAAGAGAAUAUACCUAAUUUAGAGGAGGAGAUUGCGGCCUUUCGAAUUUUUAGGAAAAAAAGCACUUCAAACUUGAAGUCGUCACACACCACUAGCAAUUUGGUAAAAAAGACAAUGUUCAAAAGGGAUCUUUUAAAACAGGAUCCGAAGAGGAAACUCCAACUACAACAAAGAUUUGCAUCACCGACUGACAGGCUGGUAUCACCAUGCUCAUUGAAAUUGAAUGAGCACAAAGUUAAGAUGUUCGGAAAGAAAAAGAAAGUCAAUCCUAUGAAACUGAACUUUAAAGGCAACCUUGCUGCCGAUUCAGAGGAUGUAGAAAUCGAUGAAGAUGAGGAGUAUUUCUACUAA